AUGCCUACACUGCGUACUCCCCUACCACCGAUCACCGUCGUAACUUCUUCCGGAGAAGAUUCCGACGAGCCGGCCAAGGACAUGAUCCACAGUAUGCUAUCCUACGACGGGAACGUCAUGCUCGCGGCCGCCGUCAUGUCGUUGCUCCUCGUAAUCCUCUUCGUCUUGCUCCUGCACCUCUACGCCAAAUGGUUCCUGACUCACGCGCGUCACCACCGGAGCGGCAGCUCCGUCGCGGUGCCUCAAGUCUUGGGCGCCGGCACCGGUGGUGGGCUUAGUCCUCACUUUCACGCGUUCCGGAUCGAGGUUGAGCGCGCGUGGUUUCGGAAUUCUCCUCCGGCUAAUAACAAGAAGAAAGGGGUGGCGAUGUCGGUGAUUUCUUCGAUUCCGGUAUUUGCGUACAAGGGAAUGGGGAAAGGAGACGGGAAUGGAUUGGAGUGUAGUAUUUGUUUGAGCGGAUUUGAAGAAGGUGAAGUGGGGAGGGAGUUGCCUAAAUGUCGCCAUGCAUUCCAUGCAGAGUGUAUCGACAUGUGGCUGUAUUCUCAUUCCUCCUGCCCCAUCUGCCGAGCUCCGGUGACCGCGCGUGAAAUUACUUAUAGCAGUUCGCCGCCGCGAGACGAUCGGAAUACACCGUUGGAGAUCACUGUUGAGGUUCCAAAUAUUUGAAUAAUUUUGAGUGGUAAAAAAUCACUGAAUUUUCAGCCAUUUUGGUUAGUAAUGGAUUUGAAACAAAGGUUUAUAGAUUUUUGUGUUAGAAGAUGAUGAUGAUAAUGAUGAAUUGAAGAUCAAUAUUGG